AUGCACAAGGCGAAAGCCGUAACGAGUCGCCCGGAACAGAGCGCUGGAGUCGCGGUGUCGCGCGCUGCUCCAAAGACCUUUCAAUUUGUCGACGCAAACCCUACCACUGACGCCGAGCGCUCGCAAAAUAAGAUCCUCGUCCGCUCCAACGCCUCGAACUUCCACUGGCGGCGGGUCAAGAAAUCCGGUAACAUCUCCAGCAGCAGAGGCACUGCGCGAAAACGUCGACCCACCAAUGCAUCCACAAAAGCCUCUCGCAGAGUGAUUGCAUCCAUAUCCCCCCAAGAGUAUGAAACGACAUCCACGGAGAGUGACCAGUCUCCACCAAAGAAUGAGGAGGGACGGAAUUCAAAUGAAGACACAGAAUCGCUUCCUGAAAGCGAUGGACACAAUGAAACUACGGGGAGUCUAAUGAGCUUAAUCGUUUCUGGGCAUUACGAUCCGUUCGAGACGUACCCGUCUGAUUUACGCAAAGAGUUUGUCAGCCCUGUCCUCCAUCAAAUACAAGGAUUCUUAGCUUGCGUUUUCCCACCAGAACAGGGGAAAACCAUACACCCUUUGUCCGAGCGGUGGCUUCGGACUACUUUUAGUGACCGUCCACUCUUCCACGCCUCUAUAUUUUGCCAGCUCACGAGAAAUAAAGUGUUUCUAUCGCCGGAGCCUGAAUCUCCAGAACAUGUGCAAUGCUACACUGAAACGAUUCGUGGCGUCCAUCAAAAGUUCCAAGACAGCACCGCGAGCUGCGCCGAUGAAAACAUAUUGUCGGUUUACUCGCUCGCUUACCAUGGAGCCAGGCGACCACAAAAGUUAACAGAAACCCCAAACCAAGGUCCACUAACUACCUUGCAGCUGCUUAAUGUUUACGGAGGUCGACUCGAAACGGUGGACGUUCACCUGAGAGGGCUUGCUGAAAUGUUAACCUUGCGUGGAGGCGUAGGCAACAUAGGCCUGCCUGGAUUGGCCCAAGCCAUUUCAUAUGGGGACAUUAUUUUGGCCACGCAAAAAAUCACAAAGCCGUUGCUUCCAUUUGUUGCAAUGCACGACGAUGUCAUCGGACCGCUGACAGCAGCCUCUCGAAAAGAUCAUCCUCUCGUCGGCCUCGGCAGAGGCUUUCGAGUUCUCCCAGAAAUGCUGGGUCAUGCAGAGGUCUCGAAACUCUUGGUUGUUCUUCGCUGGAUCAUUCAGUAUACUUUUGCGAUAGACGACUAUGAACAGAAAAGGCCCGAGGCACAAACACGCGUCCGCCUUUCUGACGAAAGGAAUUUCGUUCAACACAGCCUUAUGCUCUUGUCACCAACAGCGACUGAAACGGAGCAGGAACACCCAAUGCACCGUCUCUGUCGACUCGGUAUAUUGAUAUACAGUCUGCUUGUUGUUUACCCUCUACCCGCAGUCGCUGCACCUUUCCAUCGACUUGCCCAGGAGGUCCAAGCGCAGCUGUCACAGGCUUCGGUACAGUCCCGUUGGACAGAGGCACCAGAACUCAUCCUCUGGGUGACCGUUUUGGGUGCAAUUGCUUCGAUUGGAUCGCAAUAUCGCGAGUGGUACUUAACGACAUUGGACCGGUUGACCAAAAGGCUCAACCUCGGUACAUGGUCUGCAAUGAAGGAACGACUGGGAAUGUUUCUCUGGUAUGAACCCACCAAUGAUGACGACGGCUUCAGGCUCUGGAAGGAAAUCGAGGACUCUAGUCCAUUUCCUAUUCCUAAUGGUCUUCAUUGA